AGUCGGUCUGGCAAGGUUUGGUGCAUCGGCGGAGAACAGGAGAGAAGACGUGAUCUGGAGCUGCGAUUCUUUUCCUAGAUUCUGCGAGCGGUGGCCUCCCCCUUUAGGACGCACGACUCCUUUUGGAAUUGUACCCACUCUUUGCUGCAAUUUUUUUCUGCCGAUUCCACACCGGCCUUAUCCACCCGGCGAACCUCAGUAUUCUGAACAUCCAUUCCAUUGAUAGCGGUCCACUAAGUGCAGCAAGAACAUAACAGCGAAGAUGUCUGGGCAAGGCUAUCAGGGCAAGAAGAACAUUCCCCGCAUUACAAGCGAUCGUCUCCUGAUCAAAGGGGCGAAGAUCGUGAACGAUGACCAGUCCUUCUGUGCUGACAUCUACAUGGAGGAUGGCCAGAUCAAACAAAUUGGCGAGAACUUGAUAGUGCCCGGUGGGGUGAAGAUCAUCGAUGCCCACGGGCGCAUGGUUAUGCCAGGGGGUAUCGAUGUGCACACACGCUUCCAGAUGCCUGACCGGGGCAUGACCUCAGUGGACGACUUCUACCAGGGCACCCGCGCUGCCCUGGCAGGGGGCACCACCAUGAUCAUUGACCACGUGGUUCCGGAACCCGGGGCCAGCCUGCUGUCAGCCUUUGAGCAGUGGCGUGAGUGGGCGGACAGCAAGUCCUGUUGUGACUACUCCCUGCAUGUGGACAUCACUGAGUGGCACAAGGGAGUUCAGGAGGAGAUGGAGGCCCUCGUCAAGGACCACGGUGUCAACUCUUUCCUUGUCUAUCUGGCUUAUAAGGAUGUUUUCCAGCUUACUGACUCUCAGGUCUAUGAGGUGUUCAGUGUGAUCCGGGAUCUGGGGGCCAUUGCUCAGGUCCAUGCUGAGAACGGAGACAUCGUGGCUGAGGAGCAGCGUCGUAUUCUGGAGCAGGGCAUCACUGGACCUGAGGGACACGUCUUGAGCCGUCCUGAAGAGGUGGAGGCGGAGGCUGUCAACCGCUCUGUGACAGUAGCCAAUCAGACUAAUUGUCCCCUCUACAUCACCAAGGUGAUGAGCAAGAGUGCUGCUGAUGUCAUCGCUCAGGCCAGGAAGAAGGGCACUGUGGUGUACGGGGAGCCAAUCACUGCCAGCCUGGGCACAGACGGCUCACACUAUUGGAGCAAGAACUGGGCCAAGGCCGCCGCCUUCAUCACGUCCCCACCCCUCAGCCCAGACCCGACCACGCCCGACUAUCUCAGCUCCCUGCUCUCCUGUGGGGACCUGCAGGUGACUGGCAGUGCCCACUGCACCUUCAACACUGCCCAGCGUGCCGUGGGCAAAGAUGACUUCACUCUCAUCCCUGAGGGUACCAACGGCACUGAGGAGAGAAUGUCCCUCAUCUGGGACAAGUGUGUGGUGACAGGUAAAAUGGAUGAGAACCAGUUUGUGGCGGUCACCAGCACCAACGCUGCUAAGAUCUUCAACCUGUACCCCCGUAAGGGCCGCAUCGCUGUGGGCUCUGACGCUGACCUGGUACUCUGGGACCCAGACGUCAUCAAGAUCAUUUCAGCCAAGAGCCACAACUCGAAUGUGGAGUAUAACAUCUUUGAGGGCGUGGAGGUGCGUGGCGCGCCCCUGGUGGUGAUCAGCCAGGGUAAGAUGGUCCUGGAGGAGGGGAACCUCCACACCACCGAGGGGUGCGGCCGCUUCGUGGGCCGGAAGCCCUUCUCUGACUACGUCUACAAGAGGAUAAGGGCUCGCAGCAGGCUGGCUGAGCUGAGGGGAGUUCCCCGAGGCCUCUAUGACGGGCCUGUCUGUGAGGUGUCACUCACACCCAAAACUAUGACUCCUGCCUCUUCUGCCAAGACCUCUCCAGCCAAGCAGGCAGCAGCUGGUGCCCAGCCUGUCCGCAACCUGCACCAGUCAGGGUUCAGCCUAUCUGGUGCUCAAGUUGAUGACAAUCUUCCUCGACGUAACACCCAGCGCAUCGUGGCGCCACCCGGUGGCAGGGCCAACAUCACCAACCUGGGUUAACCACUCCUAUUGGCCACCAGGGGAAACGAGGGCUUGAGGGGAGGGGCAUCAGGGACUUGGGGCCAUUCCACCAGGAGGCAAACCCUCUAGCUACAGUGCCUGACCGAAUCUCCCCUCCUCAAUCUCUCAACCCCUCUCACGCUCCCUACAUCUUUCCCCGACUUCUUCCCCCCCAACCCCCAAAUCCCCCACCCUAGAGGAGACACAUAUAAAAAUGAUUUGCCUCAUUUGAAGAAAAAAUAUGAAAAAACAACACUCCUUAUAUGAGCACUUUGGACUGUAUUAUUUAGUGUUUUAUACUGUACUUUCUACCUGCCAUGUAUCAUUCAGUUUUGUUUUUUAUUUUCAUGUUAUAAUGGAGGGCUGAAGUGAGACUAGACUGAGCAGUUUUAACACGGCCAGAAGGUCAAGACGGUGCUUGUUGCAUUUGCAUAGAGGAAGUCCAUUCCGUCCCUCUUUUUUAAUUUUGGAUGUAUGGUGAAUGAAGUAUGGAGACACAAGGGGAGCAUGUUGUACUUGUGUUUUACCUUCGGAUAAUAGACGGGUUGGUUGUUUAGUCACAAAAUUGCCGUGUGUGCAACUAUUGUGCAAAACAAACAGUGUUGGCUUAGACUGUUGACAACAUGUAAACUAUAUUUAGUCUCCAAAUGUUUAUUGAAAACAUAAAUACAUUUGCACAAUGAGCAUUUGUCUCUCAAAUACAUUGUUAUAGUUGUUAGGUUAGCUAGCUAGCGAAUUUGAGCCAUAUUAGCAUAGACAUGACACCUGUCAAAACACCUUGAAACAAGACAUGGUAUCAAUAACAAGAUUCAACGAGCUGAAACGAGCCACCUACAAUUCCCUACAUGGCAGCUUCUUGUCAUUGUUGCUCGCUAUCUGUCAGUUCAGAAUCAUAACAAUGCACGCCUUCCGGCCACAUUGAUGCGUGCGCAUAACUUUGGUUACGUUGUCGGCCAACCCGUCUAUGGGCACAUUAGAUUAGUUGCGCUAAAAUUGUGUAGUGAACAUGGAGAUGCUAAUAUGCCUUCCUCAAUUGAUAUGUUCACUGUCUGUGUCUGCUUUGUCUUUGUUCUCUACUGUUUAUACAGCUUUGCCCUCCAGUGUGAUUUUCAUCUCCCACACUGUUAAGAUCAGUUCAGCACUGGCUAUGAUCAACACCAUUUAUUGACUUGUUGCUAUAAGGAAAAUUAUUAUGAGACUGUAAAACCGUCCAUUGUUAUCGUUUGAAAUUCACUGCAAGCUGAUAGUAAGCUGUCCUCGUCCCCAGACUAUGCGAUGAUACAUGAAAUUAGUAUAAGUCAAACAAACCACUAUAGUGUUGAAAACCUAAGAGGAACUUGUCACUGGUGCUCACCUCAUGUCAUCCCACCCGUAGCUUUGUAGAUUCUAGAUUAAAUGAAAAAAACAUGCCCCAUAUUUGAAAGCUGCUUGUGAAGUGUGAAAAUCCAGUAGAGUAGGAGAAGGUGUUGGCGGGCGGGGAAUAGAGCGCUGUUUCCCAGGGAGAGGCCAUUAUGGAACUUCCAUGAGAGGAGAUGUGACUCAAAGUUAGGAUGUUGGGAGGAGUGUAGCCGGGUGGAAGGGAAGGAAGAAAGAAAGAUGUUGGUCAGAAUACUAGGGAAUGCACAGUUUCUUAUAGCCUCAUUCAAUUCACCCUCUUCACAAGAUGGUGCCACACUCCUUGUACUCAGCUACGCUGUAGUACAGUAUGUGUCCACUGCCCAUAUACCUGGCUUGAAGGGUAUUGUGACCCCUCUUUGUUAUGGGUCCCGUGUGGCUCAGUUGGUAGAGCAUGGCACUUGCAACGCCAGGGUUGUGGGUUCAAUUCCCACGGGGGGACCAGGGUUCAAUUCC